AGGUACCGGGAAAAGGACAAGGAUCCGCUAACGUCUCUAGGGCCGGGUGGAUCCGGCAUCGGCGAAUUGCCAGGAUCCGUUGCUGGAGCUGCUGGUGGAGCAGGAAGUGGUCUCGGAGGAGGACCCAUUCCAGAAGGAGCCGGCAUUCCGCGAAGUCCGCACCACAAUCAACAGCAGAUCAGUGCCAAUCAUCGGAAUUACGAGCUGGACCUGGAGCGGGAUCACGUGCUGCCGACGUCGGCCCCGAAUGCGGAAAUUCUGAAAAGUAACAGCAACCCGACGUAUCCGAAUCCGAACCGGCAUCAUGGACAUGAUCGGCACAGGCAUUCGAAUUCGACGCCGUAUCCGCAUGGUCACAACAAGAAAGGCUUCCCAACGAACGCUGGCAGUUUCCCGGGAGAGAUCCCCUCCUACUCACCACCUUCGCGAGCCUUCUUCACUCCACCACUUCCGAGGAAUUACACUAAUCCCUUUGCCGAUAAACCAACGCUCCGAGGAACCAACAGCGACGGCGCCAUCAUCAACACCGGAAGUUACGUGAAUCGUAGACCAUUGCCCCCACCGAGUCUAAUGCCGGGUCACGAACGGAUUCCAAUAAGGCCCGAUUUGGGCGGAGCUCCACCCGGGAAGAUGCCGGCACUGUCCCCAGAAAUGGGAGGACCUCAACCGCCGCAACUUGGAUUGGGACCGUCGAGUUCGUCCCAGUCGAUCGAGGCUCAGCGAAAGAAGGCGUUGAAUACGCCUUCGGAGAAGAGUAGCAAGCUAGAUGGGUCCAAACCGGGUUUCGGAGGAGUCGAUAACAAGUUCAUGCUGGAUGCCAACGGAGGGAAUUCGAGUGCGAUUUUGCCAAACGGGAUGCACUUCCCAUCGAUUUCGAGGAUACUGAGUGGUUCGAAUGGGAGGACCCAGACGAUUCCGGAUGUGCUGUUGAGGUCGGUGACUUCGGCUCCGAGACCGAAUCAACCUACGUUUGAUCUGAUGCCUGCGGUGACUUCGCUGAGUAACUCGAAGAGUUUGAACAAGGGAAACGGCGAUCGGAGUGAGGACGAUAUGGGAGAUGGGGAUUUUGAUGUAGGAAAUGAGAACAGUGGACGGGAUGAGGAGGAGGAUGACGAGGAAGAUGAGGAAGACGUUGUGGCGGAUAAGGAUUCGUCGGGGUUUUACUCGACCCAGGCCCAGAGCGUCCAGACUAGUACCGGAAAUCCGUUGAGUCAUCUGUCGUCGUCUUCGUCGCCGAUCACCCAGAGAAUGCCAAAUUUGAACCUGAAGUCGGUAAUGAUCAAGACCAAUGCUAGCUCCGAAGAUGGUCAAAUGGGUGGCAACGGGUACGGGAACGAUCGGAACUACGCUAGCGAGGUCGAUGACAUCAGUACGUGGACAAUCGCGUGGAACAUCCACGUUUACCUGUCGGCUAUCCUGUUCACGAUCCUAGCGGUUUACUCGAUCUUCAAGAUCAUCUUUUACGAUAAAUUGACGCAUCUGUUUUCGCAAUCCUACUUUAUCAGUAUUCACCUAAUAUUGAUCAUCAUCUGCUUACUGAGGAUCUUCUACCUGUGCUACGACGCCUACAAUAUCCACUUCAGUUUUAACCUCUUCACGUCGGAGCUGUUGCUGAAUUUGCCGCUGACCUUUUUAACGACAACCUUUGCAAUACUGAUUCUAUUUCUGUUGCUGCGAUCGAUCAACCACAAGACCAAUCGGUACAGCUCGAUUCUCCGUCCGCUCACUAUCAUGAUCGGGUCGGGAGUUCACGUGGGCCUGUGCGUAACGCUGCAUCUAGUGGAAUCGUACGAGACGCAGCAGUUCUACCAUAAGCAGGCCCAGCUGAUGGCGGCGAGUGGUGGUCGUGGAGUAGGGAAUGGACCUACCAAUAUUCAGAUCCCGCCGAGGGUGUUGUCUCUGAUUUGUCAGAUCAUUUAUAUCUUCAUCUGUUUGUCGCUGGGGAUUUUGUACUUGUAUAUGUACAGGUUGUUGAAGCGUAUUCUUCACAAGAGUCAGAACUACAUCCAUGGGUACAAUAACCUUUCGUACGCGAUUCAUAUAACGAUUGCAACGGCUUUGCUGUUUAUACUUUUGGCGGCCUUGCAGAUCUACGGAGCGAUCAGUAUUAGUUCGCAGACCAAGGUUAAACUGUCCCCAAACAAUUCGUUGAACGAUGGAUCGUCGGCGAAGAAGACGCUGUGGGCUUCGCACAUCGAGAUCGAUUGGUUCCAGUGGGGCUACCAGUUCAGUUUGAGGUUUAUCGAGAUCGUGAUUAUUGCUCUGUUGAGUUGGGUCACGGGGUUGAAGACCGGGACGUCGAAGGUGAUUCAGAGGGAGAAGGACAUGGAGCAACCGAAUGCUAGUGGGUUUGCGUUGUUCCCGUGUACUUCGUCGUCUUCGCAGGAGAACUUUGAGACGGACUACCCAGCGGUCUGUAACGCUAAUACGAAUUUGCAUACUUAUACGCUGAGGACCGGGAAGCCGAUCUACGACGAUAACUUUGCGUUGAAUUCGUUGAACAUGGAGCAGAAUAGUAACCAGGACAUGCAGUUGGGUCCCACUGGGGAGUUCCAGCGAUCGCUGGAGACCAAUAGUAUGAGGUCUAGCUCGCACAAUUAUAGCAACAACUACAAUGGAAGCCAGCAGGCUGGAUCUGGGGCUGACCAUAGGGAUGAGGAGUUUAUGAACGAUGAGAGUGGUGAGCAGAUGCCGGAUCAUUAUGAGAAUCCGAACUUCGAGCUGAAGAAUCACCAUCAUCAUCACCAUCAGCAGCAACAGCAACAGCCUCAGUAUCACGACAUCAUGGACAAUUGUUACUCGGAACCUGUUAACGCGGGUCCUCCCUACGAUACCAAGAGUUUGAGGGGAGCUGUGCCUCCAGUUCAUGGACCUCCGAGGAACUACGACUUCCAGAACUUCGAGCGUCCCUCGUUCGACGGAGCGAUCUCGUCCCAAUCGAUAUCCCGGGGUGAGUUCCGGGCCUCCAAGAACCUUAAGCAGCUAAAGAGCGGUCAACAGGCCGCCAGCAACUACGACGGUGCUAAUACGAUGGGUCACCAUCACUACAAUCACUUCAACAACUACAACGACUCGUUCGAAAGGCGGCUCGGAGUGCGGAAAAGUGGUACCCUCAACAACAUCGGAGGGAUGCACUUCAACCAGCACGCCGGCGGAAGUGGCCGUAACAAUAACAACUCGACCUCGUCGGCGUCUUCGUCGGCUUCGUCGGCCAACAAUCGAGGUGCAAUACCCCCAGGAGUUCAGGGACGACCUCCUCCACGAGGCGUUGACCCCGGACGCCACCUAAACGGUACUCAAACGCUGAGUACUGCUCGAGGAGGUCCGGAUCACCACCACCAUCACCAUCAUCACCCGCAAGCUGCCCCCAGAAACCUCCCACCUGGUGCCGAAUUCGUCCAUCCGGGCAGCUUCAACGAUAGGCUAGCCAAUGGGGACAACUCCUCCCAGGACAACGUUAACAACUUCGAUGACAACAGCAGCUCCGCCAGCUACUACCACAGCAAGAAGCGAUCCCGGGAAUCGUCCAGUUCCAGCUACACCGGGUACAACAACAACGGCGGAAACAACAACGGCAGCGAUCACGCCCCAAUUAACGGGGUAGACGGUGCCGGAAGCUCCUCGCCUACCAUUUCCGGAUCGAACAUCCCAAUCAACGGUUUCGGAGGCGGAGGCGGCUCGAGUUCCUCCAGCGGAGUCCUCCCUGGCAAACUAGCCUCCGCCUCGCAACAAGCCGACGGUGGCAGCAGUGGUGAUAGCUCCUCGAUGCUGGUCGCCGAGCAAGGUUUCGUGCGGUUCCGGGCCCUCGAAGACCCGACGCUCGGUUCCCGGACCAACAUUAGGACCCAGGAUAAGAGUAAGCUAUUUAUGAAUUCAUAGAGUUUAACGCGACGCCACCAGCAGCGACGUCGUUCGUCGCCCCGGUGGCAGGAAGAAUAGGAAGACCUGGAGCCGGACCCGGAAGAGUGAAUUCCCCACCCUCCCAGAAAAAAAAGUCCCCUUCGACAUUUAGUGACAACUUCAGAAAAAAAAUUAAGAUAAAAACAAAUCUCGUCGUUGUACAUAGUUAGCGCUCGCGAAAAAGGCAUUUACACGUGUAAGGUGAACAAUUCAGUCAAAGUGAUCGAUUUAUUAUUAAAUUAAAAAGAAAUCAGUAACACAAGAAAAAAACAAAAAUCUAACUCUAAAAAGAUUCUUCUUCUUAAGGUGUAAGAAAUGAAUGAAAACAAAAACAACCCUUUGAUAUACCCGAUAUAGUUGUGUAUAGAAAGGCAUAACAAAAAUAUAAAAAAUUUAAAAAAAAAACAACAACAAACAAAAACCGUGAUCAACUCAUCCCCCAGAUCUAAUCUCUCCGACGUAAGAAAUGGACUCGUUGUGCAUAUACCUAUA